CCAAAAGGAGACCCCGGUAUCAUUCACAUUACACACGGCGCAACUAAUUUAGUCGUGCAAAUCCCAUGACUUCUUCUGAAAUAGCCUAUGAUUUCUCUCCACACCUUCGAGUCUACAGAGACGGCCGAGUGGAGCGGCUUGAGGGAACAGCCACCGUCCCUCCGUCGUACGACCAGAACACCGGCGUCCUGUCCAAGGACGUCGCCAUCUCGGCCUCAACACCACGUCUCUCUGCUAGGGUUUACAUCCCAACAGAAACCACCAUCUAUAAUCACUCCGAUGCAAAUAGAAAGAAACUCCCACUUCUUGUUUACUUCCAUGGAGGCGCCUUUUGCGUGGAAACUCCGUUCUCCCCCAUGUACCAUGACUACCUGAACUCCUUGGUGUCGGAGGCCGAUGUGGUUGCUGUGUCCGUUCACUAUAGGAGAGCGCCGGAGCAUCCGUUGCCGGCGGCAUACGACGAUUCAUGGACUGUGCUUGAAUGGGUGUCGUCGCAUUCGGGCGGUGAUGGUCCCGACGAGUGGCUGAGUGCGUAUGCGGACUUGAGGAAGGUGUACGUGGCAGGAGACAGUGCCGGAGGUAACAUAGCGCACCAUAUGGGGCUGCGAUUUGGUUGCGCUCUCAAAUCUAAGACUUCAUCCUGGGUUGGAGGAAUUGACCUUAGAGGCAUCAUCUUGGUGCAACCAUUUUUCAUGGGCAACGAACCAAUCGGUAACGAGAGAACCAACCUCGCGACGCGGUCCUUGCUCGUCGGGCUGUGGCGCUUGGCGUGCCCGUCGGCCACGGACGGGUGCGACGACCCGCGAAUCAACCCGGAAAAGGAUCCAAGGCUCUCGAGCAUGGGUUGCGCUCGGGUCCUCAUCUUCAUUGCGGAGAAAGAGGUGCAGAGGGAGCGAGAGUGGCUUUACCGGGACUUGCUGGUGAAGAGCGGGUGGGAAGGAAGCGUGGAGGUCAUCGAGGCGAAAGGAGAGGGUCACCAGUUUCAUCUGUUCCAUCCAACGAGUGAUGACGCAGUGAGUCUGAUGAGACGAUUUGUUUCUUUCCUGAAAGAGAACGAGAUCGGUCGUGGGUGAUGGGGAUUGCCUUCUUUCUUCUUUGAUUGGUAUGGCGAUUGCUUAUGGUGUUGAAUAAAGUCACAAAUAAAUAAGGUGUAUGCGUCGAUUUUCAUCGGGGACUUGGUUAAAUAUGAUUAUUUGUAUUAGGGGUGUGGAAAAACACAGGACCAAACCGGGAACUGUCCGAACCGGCCGAUUCUGAAUAAUGGGAACCGGUUCCCAAUUCCCGGUUCCAAUUUAUUGAAAUCGAUGAGUACCAGUUUGGUUCUAUUGGAACCGCGAACCGGUAGGUGUGGAACCACCCA